CGUUUCCAAGCAGUGAAUAAAGAGCGACGGAGGAGAAGGCGUGAAAACUUGAUUCAUUAUGGUUCUUCAACAGUGCCUCGCUUGUAAUAGUUUGGUAAGUCCCGUCACAUUCUCGCCGUGAUUCUGGUUUUGCAAAAUCGAAUUUUUGGUCGUUGCUUUUGAAUUAGUGUGGAAGUCGGUGAUGUGAAUAUUAAUUCAUUUCUUUGGUCGAUUAAAUAAACAAACUGGCAAUUUCGCAAGAUUUAACGUCAGGCUUACGAAAUUUUCCAAAGCAGUCUUAUAAUGCGCUUAAAUCCUUUAAUCGAUAUAUAUUUUCUUUGCCCAAGGUGCGUACUAAACAGUAACACUACCAACUAGGUACAAGCCGCAAAAUAAUAACAUUGAUUUCCGUACGGAUAUUGCCUGUUAAAAUGAUACCGGGUCAGAAGCUCCCAAGAACUAUGCGGAAGCCGACAAGAUGUCUCGCUUAAGCCAUCACCGAUUCUGGAAGUGUUAUUCCAGUUAACUGUAGAGGUCGGAAUAGAUCAAAUAAUUUCAGAGAAGUUCUUUCAAACUUCCGUUUAAAAGCGACCAAUGCGUUUAAGUCAAAUUUUGAAUAAGGAUAGGAUUAUUGCAUGUAAUCUAUUGAUGAUCACGGUUAUGGUGAUUUUACGUUCGACCGAGUAUCUGAUGCAGGGAUACGACUGUUUUAGCGAAGCAGUCUACUCGAUCUAUUCUCACGAACAAGUCUCUAUUCCUCAGAUUACAGAAACAUCAAGAUCAUGUGUGUGUGGCCACGUAUUAGAAGAUGCGCAUCGCUUUAUCGGAGGCAAACGUUUUUCAGGUACAACUGAAUAACAUUCUUAUAAAGUGCGAGAUAGGACUUAUGAAUAGCCAUCGGAUAAAUCAAAAGCUCAGGGAGGUUUCGUUUUUGUUUAAUAAUCUGGAAAAUUCUUGUUUCUCUCAAUCAAUUUGUUCAGAAUAUCGAGCAGAACUCUGGAAAAUUCUUAUUUCUCUCCAUCAAUUUGUUCAGAAUAUCGAGCAGAACUUUACUCUCGUCUGGAGAGCAAAAGCAGGAAGAGAGAAGAACGUGAGAUCAAAGAGCAAGCAAAACUCCAGCUUGGAAGAAAGGUAUUAUUUCUAAAUAUGCGACAUGAGGAAUUAUGUAAACUACAGUAUUGUUUAUUUUCCGGAUCUAUUUUCUCGAAAUCUCGAAUCUCGGAAGACGUGACAGUCACCGGAGACGUGAGGUGAGCUCUGUUAGGAGGUCACGUUUCUACUUCCUUCUUCCUUCUAAGGAAUAUUAUCACGGAAUUAGUAAACAACCAAACACCGCUCCAGCAAUGUGGGCAUAAAAUCUCUCGCAACUGGAAAAUAAGUUAAAGGCAAGUUGUUGCGAGUUCAUUUGGUGUCAGACAGCAUUGCAGCUUACAGAGUAAACUUUGGCACUUGUUCGAACAUAAGCAUCUUACAUUGUGUAUCGCUAACUGUUUCCAAGAAACAAAGGACUGAAAAAACCAACCACAGGUAAUUUACAGCUGAAAGAUUUAGACUUUACGGUUUUAAAGUCUUGUGAGCCAAACGAAUGAACGAGAGUUGGAUGGAUGAUCGAUAGGUGAUGCAUUUUGUGUCUUUUAUGCUAAUCGAGGACAAAGUACAGUAAAUACAUAGAUUUAGUAGUAAUUGCGUGGUGUAAAUAGCUUGUUGAACAUUUUACAAUCGCUAGGAGGAGCGCCGUUGUGUUAUUUGAAAAGUGCAGUGGACUUGAGGAGUUCGCUGCCGAGGAACAAAUUCAUCUGAGCGCCAUAAUGACCUCUCGACUUCAAAUCCAUUUCUCUAAACCGCAGGUCACGCUUUUCAAAAAUGUAAAUUAACUUUAAUCGUCUUUUCGCAGAAUAUCAUGGCAGGAUCAGUGUCAGAACAACCAGGAUUCAAACCUCCCGUGAAAAGAAAGCCAUUAGCAGCAAGGAAAACAAAUAAGAAAAGACGAGUGAAGAGGGGAACGUCUCGAUUGCAAACAGGGCAGUCCGCAACUAAGCGGAAUGAUAGCAAAAGCAGUGUACCACCGGAACUUUUGUCAAGGCUUCCUGCUGCUCUGCAGGAGAUUAAUCGAAGAAUACUGGGACAGAACUUUAUGUGGUUAGCGUUACAACUGGACUGAAACGAAAACUCUUUUUUCGGCUUGCAAGUACAGAAGUCUGGAAAAUUUUAUUUGAAGACCGGAAGAUGAAUGCUAGGUGAAUCUUACCAAGUGGCUUUAAUAACAGGAAGACAUCGUAAUGGAAGCAGAACGUGAAGGAAUUUUAUGGUUUUGACCUGGAAAAGGCGGAUGCGAAAAAGAAUUGCUGAUAAAUAACCUAUGGGCACAGAGCCAAAUACAAAGUCAUAUUUUAGCUAUAAAGCUUUCAGAGAAAACUGCCGGG